AUGGGCAACUUGCAAAAAAAUGAUCUCCCGAAGCGACUUGGGCGCUCAUGUCCAAAGAAUGCCAGCAGGGAUUGGUGGCGUAAAGUGAACGGUGGCCCUGUUAGCAUACCAACUUCCAAACUAAGAGAGUUCUGGAGAAAUUCCAAAGCUUUCGGGGAACCAUGGGCAGAGGAGAUCAGCUCUGACGAAAUGGGCAUUACAGCUUUGAAACGAGCUGCAAAACCUUUGACUGGCAAAGGUCUCCGAUUCCAGGUAGUAGAAUUGAGAGGAGAUUGGCAGUUUCACAAGAAGGUUUGGCGUUUCCACAACACCAAUUGGAACGCCGAAAACGUAUGCCAUCAUUGUGAUGCCAAGGGAAUUUCAGAUUCAUGGCCAGAGCUCUACUGGAAUUUGGACAAUAACAACCACCGAGACUUCUCUUUACCUCAGUUCUUGGUUCACCGCAUGCCACCUCGUCGAGUUUGA